GCGCUUGCAUAACCCUGUUUCUGUUUGCGCUGCAUUAACAGAAUGUUUCAGGUAAUGAAAAGAUUGCGUUUGACGCAGCCCGUUCGCUUUUGCUCCGCCCUGAGCAACAACUCCACAGCAGCAACGUCUCCGAUCCAACCAGCUGAACCCGAUCAGCUAUACAGCAAAUUGGAAAUUGAGCUGCGAGGCGUUGAUCCGGCGGUUCUAAAGAGCUACACCUGGUUUGCGACAACCGCCGCCGAGCACUUGGGCAUUGAGCUGGGCAAGUGUUGGUCUCCCCGCAAGGCGCAUCAUGAAAGAAUGACUCUGCUGAAAUCGGUGCACAUUUACAAGAAGCAUCGAGUGCAAUAUGAGAUACGUACACAUUUUCGCUACAUGAACUUCCACAAGUUGACCGGCUCAACGUUGGACACAUUUCUCGAGUAUAUCGAACGGAAUUUGCCUGAGGGCGUUGCGUUGCAGGCAUCCAAGACGGAACUGCAGCAGUUGCCUGAACACUUGCAGCAGCCUCCAGAACAAGUUUAGCUUUAGAUUAGAUACGAAAUUUAAUAGCUCGUAAGUGUUGCAAGCGACCAUUGAAGCGUAUUAGCGACAUGAUAACUCUUAAAUGGUCGAAAACAAAUAAAAUGCGAUUUGUUAAUCGAAAAUAGUAGCCCAUUGA